AUGAUUGAGCCUUUCCAGACGACCUUUGCGGUCAAUAUGACCUGCGAGGGCUGUGUGAAAGACAUCUCUACUUCCCUGAACAAACUUGAUGGCAUCAAGAAGGUCGACGUAAACCUUAAGGAUCAGCUCGUCUUCAUUGAAGGCACCGCGCCCCCGAGCUCUAUUGUGACCGCGAUCCAAAAUACCGGCCGGGAUGCGAUUCUGCGCGGAAGUGGCACCACAAACAGUUCAGCUGUCUGCAUCCUCGAAACGCAUUCCAACGCCGUCUCCAAUAAGAUCCGCGGCCUGGCCCGCAUGGUCCAGGUCUCCUCGAACAUGACCCUGGUCGAUCUGACGAUCAACGGUCUCGCGCCUGGCCACUACUAUGCUACUAUCCGCGAGGCAGGUGACAUUUCCCGAGGCGCCGAAUCGACGGGCGGCAUCUGGGAAUCUUUGAAAAACAAGGUGCUUGGCUCGGACGCCGCGGCCCUGCCGGCCGAGAAGGAGCCGCGCGGGAUCUUCGGCAGUGUCGAUGUUGAUGAUAAGGGCCGCGGCAAUGUGUUCUUGGACCGACCUGUUGCUAUUUGGGAGUUGAUUGGACGGAGUAUGGUUGUUUCCAAGAGCAAGGAGGGUCCGUUCCGGCGCGAGGACGAUAACACCCUGGUCGGUGUUAUUGCGCGCAGUCCUGGUGUGUGGGAUAAUGAUAAGAUGGUCUGCUCGUGCUCUGGUAAGAAUGUUUGGCAGGAGCGACAGGAGCAGGUCAAGCAGGGAAUGGCUUAA